AUGAACACAAUCGACUGGCGCGACCAGUGGUGGCCAGUGCAGCUGGAGGAGAAUCUGGACGCGGACAAGCCCAACGCUGUGGUCUGCCUCGGCGAGGCCAUCGUGCUGUGGAAGGACGGCGCGGCGUGGCGCGCGUUCGCGGACCGCUGCCCGCACCGCGCGGUCCCGCUCAGCGAGGGCCGCAUCAACGAGGCGGGCCGCAUCGAGUGCCCGUACCACGGCUGGGACUUCGACGGCGCCGGGAAGUGCCACCACGUGCCGCAGGCGCCCGAGCGGACGCACGCCAGCGCCGCCGGGAGCCCGCGCGCGUGCGCGGUGCGCUUCCCCGUGGCGGUGCGCCAGGGCCUGGUCUUCGUCCACAUGAAGCCGCUCCCGCCCAACACGCCCCCGGGGGAGUCCGAGCCCGACCCGGCGGACAUCCCGCUCCUCGACGACGUCGACACCGACGCCGGGUGGGUGAUGGACACGGUCGUGCGCGACAUGCCCAUGAGCGCCGCGACGGUCUUCGAGAACGUCCUCGACGUGUCGCACGUCCCGCACACGCACCACGGCACCGUUGGGCGCCGGGAGCGCUCCACGCCCGUGGAGCUCGAGGUCACCGCGCGGCGGCGCGACGGCUUCGACGGCGUCUGGGCGCAGGGCCCGCGCAACGGGAUCUACGGCCCGCAGACGACGGUGUUCCGCGGCCCGCAGCUGAUGGUGCACUCGCUCGACUGCGUCGACACGAAGGGUUUCGCGACCAAGACGGUGGUGUACGCCACGCCGACGACGCCGGGGCGGUGCCGGCUGAUCGCGCGGUUCCCGUUCUACUUCAAGCCGGCCGUGCCGCGGACGGUGUUCAGGCUCACGCCCAAGUGGUGGAGCCACCGCGGGGCCAACCGCGUGCUUGAGGACGACCAGAUCUUCCUGCACAAGCAGGAGCGCACGGUGCUCGCGGAGCGCCUGGAGGCGGCGUCGCUCUCGAAGAUCUACUACAUGCCGACGACCGCGGACGCCUUCGUGACGGCCUUCAGGGACUGGCUGGACAACGUGGCGGGCGGGGGGCCGUUCGGGCCGCCGAGCAAGGACCUGCUCGCGGCGAUGCCGCCUGCGCAGUCGCGGACGGAGCUGCUGGACCGGUACGGAUCGCACACCGCGCACUGCAAGGCCUGCAGCGGGGCGAAGCGCAACAUGGAGGUCGCGAUCAAGGCGUGCCGCGUGGCGUCGCUGGCGUGCCUGGCGGCCGCGGCUGCGCUCGCGGCGAUCGCGAGCGUCGGCGGCGCGGCGAUCGACGGUGUGUCGGGGUCGGACGGGCUCGCUGCGCGCGCGCUUGCGGCGGCGGCGGGGCUCCUUGCGCCGGCCGGGACGACGCCGGUGGAGGCGAUGGGGCGCGCGGUGGGCGCGGGGGGCGCCGCGGUGGCGCUCGAGCUGCUACGCGCCGCGGUGCGGAAGCUGUGGAUGUCCAUGGUCAACGGCGAGCCGGACUACCCCCCCCCGAGGAACCGGGUCAAGUAG